AUGGCUACACCAAAUGUUAGCGCUGCGGAUUUACGUUCAAAAAAGUCGUUUACAUCCCCAGUUUGGCAAUAUUUCGGCUUUAAAACCGAUGAAGACGACAACACCAAGCCGACGUGCAAGCUUUGCCUCAAAAAGGUUUCUGCGGCUGGAGGAAAUACUUCCAACCUUCAACGGCAUCUCCGCAAUCAUCCUGCGAAGGCACAAGAGCUUGGGAAACAAGGUCAAGGGCCAAGCAAACCCAAAGGUUGACAGCCACCAACCCGGGGGCAAUCAUCUAUUUCCGAGGCAUUUUCUAAGAUGCAAAAAUAUGAAAGGGGAGGAAAACAGUGGCAGAAACUAACCAACUCGGUCACCCACUGUUUGGCCAAGGACAUGAUGCCAAUAUACACGGUAGAGAAAUCUGGCUUUAAACGACUUUUAAACGACUUUUAAACGAUUUCGAUCCGAAAUAUGAACUUCCUAGCAGAAAGUACUUUAGCCAGAAAGCAAUUCCGAAGCUGUACAAUGAAACAAAAGAUGGCGUAUUGCAGCAACUUCAACAUGCUGAAUUCUUUUCUGCCACAUCAGACAUGUGGUCGAGCAAUACAAUGGAGCCGUAUAUGUCUUACACAAUCCAUUUCAUUGACCCUGACUGGAAACUUCAAAGCAGAUGUCUCCAAACGCUGUACAUGCCAAAAGAUCACACUGCUGAAACCCUUGCAGAUGGGAUGAAUGAAAUACUGAAUGAAUGGCAACUCUCACCCGCAAAUCAAGUGUGUCUGACUACGGACAGCGGGGCGAAUAUUGGGAAAGCGGCUAGUGAUCUAAAUUGGUCAUGGAUUUCAUGCUUUGGCCACAAUCUCCACCUCGCCAUUACCUAUGCUAUGAAGGAUGAACCUCGCAUUUCACGGGCAAUUGGAAUUUGCAAGCGCAUUGUGGCGGCAUUCAGUCAGAGCUGGAAACGACGUAGGGAGCUUAGCAAGGCACAACUUGAGCUUGAACUUCCCGUCAAGUCUCUUGUUUCCGUAAGUAUAAUUUUAUACCCACACUAACUUUAACUUACAAAAUUAUUUCGCAUUGUCACAUAACAUGUCAUAUCUCUUUAGUUUCUAAGUUCCGACCCCUAUGGUCCUGGUGUUGAGUGAGUGACAUCACGUCAUUACAAUAAAAACCAAUAUCGUUCGCUCCAACACCUUAAUUUUUGUUAUUUUGACUUACAGGAAUGCCCUACGAGAUGGGGUUCCAUGCACAAUAUGAUUGCACGGAUAUUGGAGCAAGAGAGAGCAAUUCAGCGAGUGCUAUCAGAAGACCGAAAAGUUUCCCAUCUGGUGUUGAAGUGGCAGGAUAUCGAAGUUCUGAAAUCUUUACACAAAGCCCUGGAGCCAAUGGCAGACUUUACCGACGCAUUAUCCGGCGACUCGUAUGUCACCGUUAGUUCUAUCAAACCCACACUUCGCUUCAUCGAGAAUGCUUCAACAGCGGAACCAGAUCACACGAGACUGACGGCCGACGUAAAAGCCAAAAUUCAAGAAAACUUUAAGAAACGAUACACAAGUGACACAGCUCAGAUCAUCUUGAACACGGCUACUUGGUUGGACCCUCGAUACAAGACUGAAUACUUGUGUGAAGAGGGUGCCAAAAAUGCUGCUGAAAAUAUCAAGAGGGAGAUAUUCGAACUUGAACUGGCAAACGAGUUCCAAUGA